UACUAACAUCGGAACAUUUUCAGUAAUUCCAAAGCCGUAUUUUCUGUUUGUUUAAUGAAGCGCAUGUCUCUAUUUAAUGACUUUUCUGGCUUUUUUUCUUUCUUCUAAGCAAUGAAAGAAAACGUAUUGAAAUGCUUUGUGUGUUUAAACUUCGGUGGUUAUGCGUAAACUAGUUUAAUGCAAGUGGAUGGUACAGACAGUAGUGUACAGUCUGCGUGUUUUGGUCAUAUGUGGACGCAUUUAAGUCUGUAGGUAACACUGAUUACAGAACUUAGGGCUGGGAGCAGUAUUGGCAUUUAUAUAGAGUCCUGACAUUUGUAGACCCUAUUAUGGGUAAUAGGGGCAACUACUGACCGUAGAAGAGAGUAGGGACAGCAGAGAAAAUGAACAGUUCUGACAUCAGCCCCUCAUAUAACCAUCUAAAGUGAAAGGGUUACUCCCUACCUCAGUGAAAGAUACCUCUCUGUUACUCUCUAAUUCUUUUCCACCCUUUCUGUCUUUUUCUCCCCCGUUUUCUCUUUGUAUAUUAAAUUUCACCUUCACUUUUUGCUGAAUCUCACCCUCUUUCUCCUAUAUCUCUCUUCUUUCUCUAAAGCCAUUUGCUUCCACGCACUCUCUCUCUCUCUCUCCCUCUGAUGAUCUUAAAACAAGAAUGUCCCGGUUCCCUUCUACUCGUCCAGCAGUUGUGAUCAGAAUGCUGCUGUUAAUCCUUGCAACAAUUCUAACCGUUACUUCAGAUCGGGAAUUUAGUGAAGCUCACUAUGAGUUUUUGGGGCCUGGUUAUUCCUAUGGCUACCUUCAGACACCUCCAGAAGAACAGUUCUCCUCAACAGAAACUCUACUGGAAUGUGCCGGCGUUGCUCUAAACAGCCAAUCGGAGUUUUUUACUUACGACACAGUCAGCUACGUUUGUAAGAAUUACUCACCGAAAAAUAUAAUGACAGUCGUCAGCACGAAUGACAGCAACGAGCUGUCCUAUUACAGAAAUAGCGCGUGGAUUAAAACCUAUUCAUUAUCAACGGAAGCUGGUUUGAAAGUUUUUGAUUCCUAUGACAGUAAAGGACAUUUUUCAUCCUGGAAGGUGAACAAAUGCAAUGAUACCUUUUGUCCCAACUUCUUCCGACAUCCUAUCCUUGAUUUCUGGGAACACAUUCCAAUUGACGAGGUGAAACUGGUGAUUUAUAAAAACCAAACAGCUGUGGUUAAUAUGGUGUUUGAUGGACAAAAUACAAAUCGUGAAACCUGGUUCUCUCAUGAAAAGCUGAAAAGUUCCCCAUGGAAUGAUUUAUCUUCAGCCACCCCAAAGUUUUUCUCACUACAGGGACUUAAGGGGGAUCGUCACUUUUGUAUAGAAAAUCGGAAUGGCUGUUCAAAGGACAACGGCUGGCUGGUCAUCAACGAUGGCCCACAUUAUUGUCCGUAUGAAAAUGGACCGCGCUACCCUUUAAUCCGUUAUUCUGGUACAAAAUCUAAAGUCACAUGGAUCAAGGGAUAUAGUAUUGGUGAUACCGUAACCGUCUUCAUCCGCUUAAAAACCUAACUAACCAAUCAACAGAUUUCCUG